GAGAAAAGAAAAUUUAAUGAGCUCAAGUCAUGUUUAUUCAAGAUGAAGAUGAUAUCUCAUCAACAGCAUCACUGACCAAUACUAACCUUCAAAGUGUUGAUAAUUUAUUUUUGUUUAUGCUCACAUCCUUUGCCUCAAACACAUCCAACAUUUACUCACAACCGAUUUUGACUAAGAACAGCCAUUGGAUUCAUUCGAGCAUUCUCAUCAUUAUCAAACAAACACCACAACAACAUUCCAGCCGAACAAGAUUUUCCUUUUUUUUCCUUUUUUUGAUUUAAAAACUGGUGCAAUGAUUUUGCCUUUAAAAAAUUUUGUGGAGAUCAUCGCCAUCAUUAUCGUAUGUAUCAUCGUCGAAAAUUCAGAAUGUUCAGAUUUCAUCAUCAACGAAACAAUAACUUUGACCACAACCAGUCCGGAUAUCACAACAUCAAGUUCCAAUGAAAAUCUACUAAAUGAUCUAAGAAAUUUUAUUCUUAAUCUGAAACAAAAUCCAUUGGAUGAUGGAUCAAAUGUUUCCGAUGACCAAUCGCCACCAUUUACUACGACCGAAGGCAAAAUCAUUGAUGAAAUUAAUACUGAGCCUCCACUAAUAAUACCAAAAGAAGUGAAGCAUCCACCAUCCAUAGAAAUUGAAAAGGAAUUUUCAAUCAUCCAUGAAACUGAUAAACCACCACCACCACCUCCAGCAAUUCGUAGAGGAUUUCGGCGACCGAUUCUAAGGAAAACAACAUCGCCUCCCGUAAUUGAAAAAGUAACUAUGCCACCGAAAAGCAACAGUACGGAAACGCUGAAAAUUUUUCGUGGAUUAAAUCGUCCAAUUCCGAGUAGAAAGUUCAAACCACCAUCAUCUACAGAAUCAGUGGUUACUGAAACGCCUACCAUAUCUAUUGUGAACAAACAACCACCCGAAACUCGACGAAGAAGACCUACAUUCUUACGUCGACCUACAACUAUUGCAACAACUACAGUUUCACCAAUUAUCGAAACCCAACCACCUAGCAUUACAACUUUGAGCGAAAUGGAACAAUCGACCACCGAAUCAACAACAAUCACUCAAAAGGUUACCGAACCUCCACCAACUACCACUCCAUUUUUCACCACUGUGAAUGAUAAUCCAACGAUUACAACUGACGAUCAAACACCAAUCAUGACCACCAUAACGACGAAAAGUCCAAGAAAAACAAAAUCACGAACCGGGAAAAAAGUGCCCGAACAGACAAAAAAUGUAGAUUUAGUCGUAGUUUCAAAAACUAAUCGGCCAAUAUCUAAAUCAAAUAAAAACUGUUCGAAUGAUUGGUCAUGUCGAGGGGCAAAAACAUGCAACGACGAUGAUGAAUGUAAUAAUCACAAUGCAAUAACAACAACUGGAGCGACCAACAACGGCAAAAAUGACAACAGGAAAACUUCGAGAAAAAACAGCAACAGGUCACGAAGCCGAAAUUCGAAAAAGUCGAAGAAAAAUGGUAAACGAAUCUCAUCAACAUCGACGACGAAAAAGAAGGCAGCCGAACAAAUUCAAAUCGAGCGGCAACCACAUUGUGAAAUGGUCGUAUGCGAAUUACCUUGUUAUAUAUUCAAAAGUGGAACCGAUGUUUGUCCGGAAUGUAGCUGUCCUGAAGCUAACUCGGAUAGAAUCCAAUUUAUAGCUACCAGUGGUUUUGAACCGGCAUUUCGCCUGUCGAACAAACGAAAUCAAUCGAGAGUUUUUCGAUUAAAUUAGUAUAUAGAAAGUGUUUUGUUUUUAAUAUCAAUUUUAACUACUUUUUUUUUUUUUGCAUAUAUAG